UUAUCUUCUGCUUAGGAGUGUGAGUCUGAUCACCAUGCGCGAGAUUGUUCAUCUUCAGAUCGGACAGUGUGGGAAUCAGAUCAGUUCAAAGUUUUGGGAAGUUAUCAGUGACGAACAUGGUAUCAGUGCAGUGGGAACCUAUGAGGGGGACAUGGACGUUCAGCUGGAGAGAGUCAAUGUCUACUUUAAUGAAGCAAAUGCUAGGUAGCUGCUUGAAUCUGAACAUGGGAGGUUACCAUAGAAAUGUGGGAAGUAUGUCCCCCGGGCACUGUUGGUGGAUUUGGAACCAGGAACAUUAGACAGUGUGAGGGGAAGUCACAUUGGAGAACUCUUCAGACCUGACAACUUCAUACAUGGGAAUUCUGGAGCUGGAAAUAACUGGGCAAAAGGUCACUACACAGAGGGGGCAGAGUUGGUUGAGCAAGUAAUAGACCGUGUCCGUAAUGAAGCUGAAAACUGUGACUGCCUGCAGGGCUUCCAGUUUGUUCACUCUUUGGGUGGUGGUACUGGCUCAGGCAUGGGCACCCUGCUCAUCAACAAAAUCCGUGAAGAGUUCCCAGACAGAAUCAUGAAUAGCUUUAGUGUCAUGCCCUCUCCUAAAGUCUCGGACACAGUAGUGGAGCCAUAUAAUGCCACACUGUCCAUUCACCAACUGAUUGAGAAUACAGACGAGACAUUCUGCCUUGACAACGAAGCUCUUUAUGAUAUCUGUUUCCGUACACUCAAGCUCACCAUGCCAACAUAUGGAGAUCUCAAUCACCUUGUGUCUAUGACUAUGAGUGGGGUCACAACCUCUCUGCGCUUUCCUGGUCAGCUGAAUGCUGAUCUCCGCAAGCUGGCUGUCAACAUGGUGCCCUUUCCUCGCCUUCACUUCUUUAUGUCUGGCUUUGCUCCCCUCACACCACGAGGAAGUCAGCAAUACCAGGCCCUCUCUGUUCCUGAACUCACCCAGCAGAUGUUUGAUGCCCGAAACAUGAUGACAGCAUGUGACCCCCGGCAUGGCCGCUACCUCACUGCUGCAGGAGUUUUCCGUGGUCGCAUGUCCACUAAAGAGGUAGAAGAACAAAUGCUCAUUGUUCAGCAGAAGAACAGCAACUACUUUGUGGAAUGGAUUCCCCACAAUGUUAAAGUGGCUGUUUGUGACAUCCCACCACGUGGCCUUAAAAUGGCAUCUACCUUCAUUGGAAACAAUACAGCCAUCCAAGAGAUUUUCCGGCGAGUCGGGGAGCAGUUUGCCAUGAUGUUCCGCCGCAAGGCUUUUCUGCACUGGUACACAGGAGAGGGCAUGGAUGAGAUGGAGUUCACAGAAGCUGAGAGCAACCUGAAUGAUCUUGUGUCUGAGUAUCAGCAAUAUCAGGAUGCCACAGCUGAGCUGGAUUGGGAGCCAGAGGAAGAAAUGACAGAGGUAGAGGGAAAUGCGUCGACAGUAGUAAAUACCAGAGUCGACCUAAAAAAUGAGACCAUGAGUGAAGAUUAGACCAGUGAACAAUUCUAGUGAAGAGUCUUGUGUUACCAAUAGUGGUAUAUCUUGAAUUUUGACAAAUGUUAAUUUAAAAUGUGAUACUAUGACUAGAAUUUAUUGAGAUGAACACAUUGGAGUGACAUUAAUGCUCUUGUUUUCAUUAAAAAUAAAUAUAUAAAUUUCAACUUAAUAAUAACCAAGAAUUCUUUGUAGAUUUUGUGUUUAGCAUAUUUUGAGUAAUGUUUGUAGCAUGUAAUGUUUCAAAACAACAUUGUUUUGAAAUAAUGUUCCAAAAUGUAGUAGAUUAUAUUGUAUAAAGACAAUAAAUGUUACUGUUACAUAUAUUGUUCAUUUAACAGAAAUUUUGCAUCAAUGCAUGUGUAAAAUCUGAAAAAAAAUUCUUCCUUUUUCAGCCAAUGUAUUAGAUUAAUACCUAGCUUUUCUCCUUUUGCUAAGUCAGUAUACAUAUUUCUCAUUUUGAAUAGACUAAAUAUCUUAAAAUACUAUACAUGCUAAUACCCCAGUGAAGGUCUGAAAGGCAACCCUAGCCUUCCUAACGGGCGGUCUGACAGGACAUGAUUAAACUCAAGCAGCUCUGUAGAUAUUGAUAAGCAGCUCAGGGGGAAAAAACCACCAUGAACUGUAGAUGACCGUGAAAGCCACUGUAAGUGAUAUUGGCAACUUGCUAACUUCCUGAAAAAGAUCACCCCUCCCUUCAGUCCCAUGCCUUCCUUUCGCUCAGAGCAUGACAUAAUGACGUAGCACCACAAUGCAGAAAGUGCUGAUGCAUGCACGAUUUUGGCACACUUGGAUUCUAAGUUGGAAAAUGUAUUACACUGACUAAAUUUGCAUAGUUAGGCAGGUAUGCAACUUGGUUGAAUCAAAAAUCUGCAUCCACCACACUUCUUUUUUGUAACCAACAUUCAAGCAAAUGAUAAUCAUAGCUAUCUAGAACCAAUAAAAACAGUAUGAAAUGUGUAAAUAUUUUAUUUGUAAUAUUGUAGUUUAAUAGUUACCUGCGCAAAUAAAUGUGGACCUAUAUGACCUAGCCAUUUUGAAGCUGAGAAAAGAGGGAAAAUCAAUCAGAGGCAUUGCACAAACAUUGUGAAUAGCCAAUACAACAAUUUGGAAUGUCCUGAAAAAGAAAGAAACCACUGGUUUACUGAGCAACAGACACCAAAUGGGUCAGCCAAGGAAAAGAACAACAGCUGAUGACAGAAACAUUGUGAGAGCUGUAAAAAAAAAAAAAAAAAAAACAACAACGACCCCAAAACAGCAGUUGGUGACAUUACCAACAACCUCCACAGGACAUAGGUGACUCAUGAUGGUAGCAACAGAAUCAAUUCAGAAGUUUACAGGAACAUUUUGUCUGCCAAUUUACAGAGAAAUGCAUCCGAAUUAAUCAGGAGGAACUUUAUCAUGCAGCACAACAAUGAUCCAAAACACAGUGCCACCUCAACAAAGGACUUCAUCAGGGGGAAAACACUAUGGACAGUUUGGGCUUGGCAAUCAGUAAAGCAUGUCUUUGGACUGGGGGACAAAACUGGAGUACCAGAAGGAAGCCCCCGAAGCAUGGUGAAAUCAUGCAAAUUCCAUGCACACAGGGUGGAGGUGGGAUUUGAACUCCCAACCCUGGAGGUGCGAGGCGAUGCUGCUAACCACUAAAUAUCUAAUACUAAAGAAAUUUUAUAUGUCAUUUAAUUUAAUUGAAAGAGAAUUGAUUUAAUUGAAAUUCACAUUAGCCAAAACUGUGAGGAGAAUGAACUUGUUCAGAAUGAUACAGCUAUAAUUUUAACUAGAAUAAAUGUGUUGAUCUUCAUUUAUAACUCACUAAUUGGAAUAAAUGCAUCUCAGAUAUUUACAAAGAAUAUAAAACUUGCUGUUAUUUAAGAUCAGGAGAGAUAUGUACUACCCAGAGUCAGACCUAAAUAUGGAAACAUGGUGUUUUGUUUUUCUUAAUCAGCCUUUAAAAAUGCAAACAUUGCUGAAGGUACUAUCUAAAUAGAUCUUGAUUAUUUAUUAAAGCAGAUCUUAGUAAAGCAGAAAACUAUCAUGUAUAUAUGUGGUAUCAUGUAUAUAAUAUGUGGUACAUAAAUAAAUUUAAUCUGUGUUUUGUUUGUU